AUGGCAAGGAUCUUUCGUCGAGCUGCGAAUAAGGUUAUAAACUCCAGGGAUGGCCACGGCUCUCUUGGUCUGCUCAUCUUCGACGAAAAAGUUGUGUACGAGAGUUUCCAAAAGCUGAUCAUUGCAAAAGCGGACGGUAAGUUUCAUUUGUGUUGGAAAGCGUUGUUUACAGGAUAUUUUCUGCAUUGGCUUACUGACUUAGGCAUUAAUGCUUGGAGAGUAGAUCUGGAUCGCUGUCGAGAGUUUCUUGUGUACAAAAUUUCAGCUCAAACAGGCUUCUACUUGUUUAGAAUAUUUUUGUUACGAGUUUUGUAAUCAGAAGCCAUGUAGCUUGUCACGCACCGUUGACUCUGUUUCAAUUCGAAGUUUCGAUCAGGUGGCAAAUUAGUGAAUAUUAGACGAUCAAGCCUUCUUCAGCAAGUCUCACUCGAAUUAUCAAUAGAACGAUUCAUAUUAGCGUGGUGCUGUCGCUUUGUACUUUGAAUUUGCCACGAUAACGUCAAGCUUCGAUACUCCAAGAUGUAUUACCGGAAGCUAGGGGAUAUUUAAUCGAGUGAAAUAUGUCAUUAGUUAGAGUUGCAAUUGAAUUUUUUUCCUGAGACAUCGAAUAUCCGCUUAUUUAGAUUUAGAAAGGAAUUUCGCCAUGUUUGGUACGAAUAAUAAUGGUUGAUGUGAGAGAAAAUAAACAGGAGAGUCCAAGGGUUAAGCGAGUGACGUGAGUGAAGGUUCCUUAUGGGGACUCCCCUAGCAGAGGAUUUUUUAAUUCAUGAAUGCGCAUAUAUAGUUUUUCUCACUCUCAGGAGUGAUCAAGGUUAAAUUUUUGUGCGAGAUCAAUACCUUCACGUGUAGACACAUUUCAAUUUCUCUAAACCAAUAUAUGAGGAAAAUGAAACAGUCAGGAAGAAGAACUACUAAUCACAGAAAGGUUGGCACUUUCAGUCAGAGUGAAUUUUUUUUAUUUCUAUCAAAGUUUUCAGUUUCUGGAUAAUAUAUGUUUAUGCAUUGUAGGUUACAGUCUCCCAACCUCCCCAAGAGUGACCAGCCUCUAAUUUCUCCAUACAAUAUCACCCCUGAAUCAAACAUUCAAGUCAUGAGAAUUAAGAAAAUGAUCCCCAAAUAAAUAUAAUCUUGAUUGUUAAACAAAUUCUCCUUGUCAGCAUCUUAGGAAUUGUACAGAGAACGGUAUAGAGAAUGUGCAUACUGAUGUUAGAAUACAAACCGCUUGGUCAAGGGAUCUCCCUCUUAACCCUAAGAUCACCUUUAACACAUGCCAUAAAUCCUUUACACUCUUACAUCAGUAUGCAAGUUCUCCAUACUGGUCUCUACACAUUUUUUAUAAUACUUGUAAGGAGAAUUUAUCAACCAACAAUCAAGAGCUUCUUGAGUUCACAAUUGGAGGGCUCAGAGCAAGAACGAUCCCUUGAUUUUUCGGCCAUUUUUGAAAGUGUUCAGAAGUAGUUGAAUUUUGGCAUGUGGACACUUUCAAAAAUGGCCGGGAUCGUUCUUGCUCUGAGCCCUCCAAUUGUCUUCUUGAUUCUCAUGACCUUAAUGUUUGAUUUAGGGAUGGUUCUGUUGGGAGAAAUUAGAUACGUAUUUGUUAACAUAAACGAUUCAUCUCCCACAGCAUCCUUAGGUAUGUUAAAAUGGGCCAAGAAUGAAGAGAAUCUCGCUCUGCAGGAUGUGUUCAGCAAAGUGUUUGAGGUGUCCACAAUGUGGACGACAGUUAUGAAGGAUUUUACAGAAGAGGUAUUUAUAAUAUUUGUACUUCUUAAUCUUUAUUAUUUCUUAAACAAAAAUAUUUCAAAUUAUUGUGUUGCUUUAUAGGGAAAGUAAUUGUUAAUCCUUUAAGUCCCAUGAGCAACCAAGACAAAAUUUCUCCUUACAAUAUCAAUGCAAAGUCAAGCAGAAAAGUGAUGAGAAUAAAGAAAAAUUUUAACUAGGGGAUUAUUAGUUGAUCUAAUACCAAAUUCUCCAAACUAACAUCACAAGAAUGAAAUGGCAGACAGUAAGGAGAAUUACUAAUGAGAUCUUGGGAGUUAAAGGGUUAACUAGAUUGUAUAUGAAAUCAUGAGUGAGAUUAAUUUCAUAAAAAAGGUUGUGGUUUUCAUCGAGGUGAAUAACAAUAAAAACUUAAUUUUUUUCGUUUGUCUCAUGACGUAGUCACAUGUGAUGUAGAUUGCAAUGUUUUGACUGUAUACUGCUAGUCUUCUUUGCCUGAAGAAGACUAGCAGUAUGCCAUUGAAAUGUCCUGAUCUACAUCACGUGACUACAUCGUGAGAUAAACGAAAAAACUUAGCUUUUAUGAGUGAGAUUUGUUAGAAAUUUUCGUAUGAUAUAUUGUUGUGUGAUGUUAAGGAACUUUUAGCUAUUUCAGAUAUUGUGACCUACCUCUCUAAUCCUUCACACCCUAACACCAGUAGGCAUAGUCUCCAUACUGUCCCCUUACAUUUCCUAAGGUGCUGAUGAGGAGAAUUUGUUAAACAAUCAAGAGCUUUUAUAGUUAGUGGUCAAUUCCUUUAUUCCUAUGAUUAAUGUUUGACUCAGGGGUGAUAUUGUAUGGAGAAAUUAGAUACUAAUCACUCUUCAGAGUCCAAGGGCUAAAUAUGGGAGAUGGCCAUAUGCAGAUUAAUUAUGGAUCACAAUCUAGACACUUCUACUCUUUGCAUUGCAGUAUCACAAAUAUCGGAAAAGUUUCAAGGAAAUUCUUCAGCAAGAGAAAGUUCUGAAUGAAUCAAGAAAGAGGGAGGCAGUUCAUGUAACAAAGAUGAACAAAAUUCAAAAGCAGGUUGAAAUUUAAAAUAUUUCAGUCAGUUACUUACUAGAAUGUAAUUAUACAGGAGAGUGGUUUUUAAGUUAGUUUAUUCAAAGUUGUCAUGUUUUAUUUUAAUUUUUAUUUUUAAACCUGAUCAAACCAGUAAGAACUUACACUUAUAGAUCCAGAAACCAAAAUAUAUUCAUAACUUCAAUUGGUGUUAUGUAAUUUUUGUUUUGUUUUUCAUUUUCAGCUGGAUCAAAACAGGAAGAAAUCUGAUGGAGCCAGACCAAGAACAAUAUCCAAUGAAAUGGUUGAGGUAUGAGUAGGUUACAAUUUUCUAGAAUCUGAUUUUAUUGUAAAACUGGAUUGAAAUAAAAAUUUUGGUCCUGGUAGCUUCAUAAUUUAAUAUCAACCCAAAAAAAGACUCAGAAAUGUCUAAUAUAUUACUUCCACUAACAUUUUAACACAUAUUUCUAAAAAAAGUGUUGUGAAGAGACAAAAAGAUUCAUUUGGGUACUCAAUGUUAAUUUCUUCUCAUCACUUUUCUGCUUGAAAAUGUUUGAUUUCUCAAGGGAAAUUCCAGUCACUCUGGGGUGUGAAAGGGUCAAUAAUCCUGAAGCAAAUAUGGGCUUGUUAGGAGAGAAUCUUGAAUCAGAUCAAGGGAGCCUGGGUGUAAAUACCUCUUUCCAGUGAUGUAUUUGUUGGCAUCAUUUUGGAUUUCUUUUCAAUAAUGAAUUUUUUUCAGCAGAUCAUUUCACAAGCUGAGCAGGAGCAAGCUGAACUUGAAGUGAAAACAACCAAGCACGAGAUCUUUAAGGUUUAAAACUCAUGUCUAAUUAGAACAAAUUUUUUCAAAGACAAAAUUAUUAUAGUCAAACCUUGUUUAUCUGUGAUUACCUCGAUUGUCCUGAUUUUUUUAUCACAUGUGCUCCUGCUACUCCAGUCCCAUUUUUUAUGAAUAUUUUGAUAAGUCACAAUCAAGAUCCAUAAAAACAUUUUUCCAUCAAAUAAAGCACAUUUUAUGAAGCUCCUGUUGGAACUUGUUCCACUUUUCAUAGCUGUGGGAUGUUUUUGGGGAUGUUUUUAAUAUACUUUAGAUGGUUAUACAAGACAAUGUUGGUGCUAUUCCACUAUUGAAGCAUCAAGGAAUGAUAGAAAUUAUUGCGAGCACUCACUGAUUUGUGCCAGCAUUUUAGGUAGAUUUAAAAUGUCGUUGGUCAUUAAUAUAAAUGUCUUCAAUUAUGUGGGCUAUUUUACCCAGUCUUCAUGAGCUUUGACUGUACUAUCAAAUCAGGUGGUUUCAUCUUCGAUAUCUGGUAGGAGAUUAUGUGCUCCGAAGGAUUUUGAUUACUAACACAGUUAAGAUGAUUCCAAAGAAAGAGUUUACUUGUUCAUAUCUCACAACAAAAAUUUUCUUUCCCAGGCUCGUAAAUUGAGGGAGUCAUUGAGCAUGAUUUCAGAUGGGCUUCAGCAAUGGGCAUCCAAGACAAAAUCAGUUGCAGAGACAUACAAGAAACUUGCUGAUCUUAUCACAGAUACUCCAACUCAACUCUCAGAAAGCAAAGUUUUUCAUGGUAUUUGCUAUUAUUUAUUGAAAUAAGUGAUAACAAUUUGAAUUUUUUUAGAGACAUUUCCAGUGCUUGGCACUCAGUUUGUAAACAGCCCUAUAACCUGGACCCAUGCCAUAUUUGUUGUUUGCUGUCUCAGUAAAUAGAGAGCUUGGCUGCUGUUAGUUUACCAUUGUCCAGUAAUUUUGCUGUUUUUCAACCUAGUUCCUAGGGUUCUCUCUUUUCCUCCCUCAAAAGAGACCGUGGUUGGGAAUGGUCAUGUGUCUCCCAAAAAUUUAGAGAUUAGAAAAAUCAAAUUGAGGUUGGGUCUCAUUCAUAAAAUUUUGGUCAAUACUACCUGGAUGGGUAAGGGGACAUAUUUCGUAAAAAACAGCGACAAUUUCACUCUCCAGCCAAUGGCAUUGAAUUUCUCUGACAAAAUUAACCCUUUGACCCCCAGAAGUGAUUAACAUGUAACUUCUCCCAAUGAUAUCCAUACAUCAUCCAGCAAACAGGUGAUGAGAAUACUCAAACUUAGACAAGUAAAAGUUGUUAUCUUGAUCUAUCACCAAAUUCUCAUAACUAAUACAUAAGGGAAUAACUUAAAGCUAGAAGGGAGAAUUAAUAAUCAGAUCUUGGGAGUUAAAGGGUGAAGUCAAUGACAUACCCUCUCUGAGGUGAUGGUCUGCAUGGGCUCAUGACCAGCUAGGGUCCUUUCUAGGAACAAGGUUGUUCAAUUGUCCUUUUAAUUUUCGACAGUCAAUUCAGAUCAUAAUGCCAAUUACUCUUAUCAUUAUGUACACAUUUAUUAUCUAUUGUCUUGAGAUAAAUGUUUAUUAAUUAAAAGCUAUCAAUUAUUAAACAAAUGGUUAACUUCUCACAUGUAUCAAAGCAAAAUAAUUUGGUCAACUGAUAUAACCAAUACCCUUAAUAUAAUCCAACACUAAUUAAUGAGAAUUAAAUUCUCAUUUGCAAAGCUGGUGACUUCAUUUAUUUUCUUUUUAAUUCAUUCCCAGGAGCUGGGCAAUCAAGAAGCAUUGUAAAUGAUCUUGCUCGACAAAUUUCUAUUGAUCCUGAAAUUUCUGCCCAGUUGGCAACAAUGUCACAGUCUACCCGCUCUUAUCUGUAUGCCGUGUCUGGGCCUGUGAAGCAAGACAGUGCUAAGUAUCAUUAUGCAGAAUUAAAUGCUGCAAUAGACCAGAAGCCAUCAAAAAUGCCUCACCAGCAUCUACGAAUCAAGGACAGUCUUGUGGACCAACAUGCGAGGAGGCCGUUGUCACUGAAUGACCUGAGGCCACCACCAACCUCACCCCCACCCCCUCUGCCAAAAAAUGGUAAGCAGCAUGGAUAUUACAGACCUUGUGGCUCAAGUCAGGAGUAUGUGUUUUGUAAGCUGGGGUGUCCUGUGUUAAGCUAAGUGGAUUGAUUGCUGCAACCAAUCUCUCAAGUUGGUUGAGUUACAAGAUAGAUGUAAAUUUUGGGCAUAAAUGCAUUGAACAUACCAGAGACACAAUAUCAACUUACUUUGUUCCUAAGUAUGUUUGAAAAAUUCAUAACUUCCAAACACUUGAUGUGACGAAGAAAGAAUGCUUUCUAUUCAUGUCAAGUAUUGUAAAUUUUCUCUCCUUUUCUUUUCUUCUUAAGAGCACAUUUAAAACAUUUUAAGCUAAUUACCCAAUUUUGUAUUUUUCAAUGAUUUGCAGCAAAGCCAGUUGUUUUUAGAACAAAUUCAGCAAAGGAAAGCAUAGUACGGAAAAGUGAGUACAAACUAAUUAUUAUAAAAUAAAUAAAUAUAACAGUAAUUGCAAAUGAAAAAUUACCACUCUCUGAAUUUUUUGAGUGCCCAUGGAAACAUGGAUUAACUAAUUUUUUUUAACUUAAUCUAUCCACAAUUAGCUUUUUAAGUUUUUUCAGAAAACAAACUUUAAUUAUUUAUAAUAAAUAUAAUUUUAAGUAUAAUUUAAACUUUUUUUUAAUUUUUAUGUUAAUUGUAACACUAAGUGAUUGUGGCUAAAAGAAUAAUACAUUCAUAAAAGCUUGAGUUAUGGUUAAAUGCUGACUAAAUGUGCUUAAUUUCUACUCCAGCUAAGAUGAAUUCCAAACAGUCAACUGGAAAAAUCUGGUAUGCAAGGACAACCAUCUCAAGCACUUCAGAUUCUGACAGUGAUGGAUACACGGAACCUGUUACAGAUGCUUCGUUCUUUGAAAGAAGGAAAAACAUGCUUUGUAAAGUACUAAGUGAUGGUGCUAUAGACCAGGUGGGGGUACACACUUAUGCUAGUAGAGAAACUGGCUAUGCAUCAACUAGCACAAAUUUUUACCAUCAACUGGAAAAAAGACCCUCAGGAGAGGACAAGGUUAUUGAAGAAAAUGAACCUGCGAGCUACGUUGAUCUGAUUAAUAAUUAACAACUAUUCACCAAAGUGGAGGUGGCUAGUGUUGGAUAUUUACUAAGCAGAAAAAUGGUGAGGUAAAUAUUCAAUGCUAUUCACAGAUGCUGAGGUGAAUAGUUGUUUUUUUUGUAUGUGCUAAUUAAAAAUAGUGGGAUGACAUAGCCCAAAAUGAUGAUUUUAACUAAUUUAUUCUUACAACAAUUUCAAUAUUCUUGGGUGGAAAUCCUGCUUGCAUGCUCUGAGGUAAAUACCAAUCAAUCAGAGUAUGCCUUCAAUGCCAUCCACAAUUCUAGUAUACACUUAUUACAGAUAACCGUUAUACACAUUAGUGUUGCAAAUUAUAUUUUAAUAGUGAAUUUAAAUUGUACAUCAACUUUUUAUUUACUAACCAAAGAAAAUCGAUAUUAUCUAUUUCAAUUACCAGGUUUUCUGCUAUUUUAAUAGUCAACAAGUUUCAAAUUAUGGUUUUAGUUUUUUAAGAUUUAAGAUUAAUUUUGAUUAAUUUUUCUGGAAAUUUGUAAAAUUCAUGAAUUGUUACUGACUUAGAGCAGUUCUAGCAAACAAUGGACCAAAUUAACCUUUGUAAAAUAAGUUCUAACAAUAUAUAAUUCAAGUGAUUGUUUACAUCACAGAGGAUAGAUAGAUAGAUAGAUAGUUUAUUAAAACUGCAUUGCAGCCAAAGGCUGAAUUAUGCAAUUUUUACAAAAACUUUACAAUACUUGAAAUUACAAAUGAAUCCAAAAAAUGAAUUUUUUAAUUUUAUUAAAAAAUUCUAUAUAAUAUAUUCAUUUUGAAAUAUGUUAAAAUGAAUCCCAGAAAAUAAAUCAAAAACUGAUUUUUAAGAUAAUAUUAAAAAAUUCUAUAUAAUAUAUUCAUAUUGAAAUAUGUUAAAAUAUAAAGCAUGAAUAUAAGUGGGAUAAAACUACAGCCUGGACUGUUUCAACAUUGCAUAUAUAACUACUAAAUGUGCUCAGUCAGCCUUGUGUUGGUUCUUUGCCAAAAUCUUUGAGGUUUAAUGAUUGUGUUCACUUCUGAACAUGCAAUUUUCUUUUCCAUGGGGGAAAUUUUGAAAUGAUGCCACCUUAAUGUUGAACAUUAAGUUGCCAUUAUCAUGUUAUUUUAGUUGUCAUCCAGUACUAUUACAGGUAUAAUAAUAAUUAUUAUCAAUAAUAAUACUGAAUCUCUGUAUUUUUAUAAAGUUGCAAGUUUUCUCAGGGUAGUAUUAAAUGUGUGUCACUGUUCAACCAUGUUCAAGUAGACUAGAACAAAAGAGUGUAUUAAAUUCUGUGGCUUGACUUUUUACUUUUCUAAGGUUUAGACUGAAAUAAGAAAGUGUUCAGAGAAUGUAUUUUUUAGACAGAGAAAUCUAGUUUUUUAACCCAUGAAGUUUUAGUAGUUUUAUUCACAAUGAAG